AUGGCACCCAUCAUCUACCUCGUCCGUCACGCCGAGGCGGAGCACAACAUCUCCAAAGACUUCACAAUACGAGACCCGCCCCUCACUACAGCCGGCAAGGCCCAGGCAUCAACUCUUGCUGCCACUCUGCCCGAGCCAGCGUCCAUCGACGUCGUGAUCACGUCUCCACUGACGCGCACGCUACAAACCACCAUCGCCGGCUUUCCGCACCUCGCGCGAGGGGGUGAGACGGGCGGCGCGCAGCUCAUCAUCGACGCAGACCUCCAAGAGCGCAGCAACCUUCCCUGCGACACCGGGUCGGAACGUGCGGAUCUGGAAAAGGCGUUUCCGCAUCUCGAUUUCGGACACUUGGGGGAGGACUGGCUGGUCAAGGAGGGGUUCUAUGCCGCUGAUGAUGAGGCCGUCGCGAAACGAGCGCAACGGUUCCGCGACAGGUUGCGCGAUAUUGCGACGUCUCUGGGUCAAGGAGGAGAUCGAGCGGGCGGCGAGGGACGGGGUGCGAACAUAGUCGUAGUCACGCAUGGCGUGUUCAUGAAAUUCCUCGCUGAAGACCAGUCCAUCGAUCUGCCCAAGGCUGGAUGGAAAGCAUUCGGGCUGGGUAACAGGGAGGAUGGAGGGGCUGUGCUUGUGGCGCAGGAGUGA